AUGGAUAGAGAUAGAGAACGUUCUGGUUCUAUAAACUGUCCACCUUUUUUUGAUGGGAAUGAUUAUUCUCAGUGGAAAAUUAUGAUGCAAGCCUUCUUACAUUCACAGGAUGAACAUAUCUGGAAUAUUGUUGAACUUGGGUGGGAGGUUCCCACAAAGGAAACUAAGUCUAAAGAGAGUGAGAGUUCUGCUUCCGUAAAAGAACCUAAGUCUAGGCAAGAUUGGUCUAUAGCUGAAGUGCGUGACUUUAACAAUGAUGUUAAAGCACGGCACAGCUUGUAUACUGCUCUUUCUAUGAAAGAAAAGAAGCGUAUUGGAACUUGUACGACUGCGAAGAAGGCAUGGGAUCUUCUUCAAAUGACUUAUGAAGGGAACAAGAAAGUUAGGACUCAGAAACUUCAGAAAUUAAUUUCUGAGUUUGAGACAAUGACUAUGGGAGAUGAUGAGUCCAUUGAUGAUUUUCAUUCUAGGCUUAUAAAUGUGACGAAUGAGUGUGAUAGUCUUGGUGAUCCUAUUGCUGAGAAUAGGAUUGUAAAGAAAUUCCUUAGGUCCUUACCUUUGAGUUUUCAAAAUAAACAAACUGCCAUUGAAGAAGUUCAGGAUUUAGAUACCUAUACCUUAGAUGAACUUCUUGGGAAUCUUCAAACUUUUGAAAUAAAAAUCAGGCCAGAUAAGAAAGUAAAAACCAUUGCCUUGAAUGCUGUUAGGAAAGUGGAUGAAAAGCCAAAAGAGUUAGUAAAGGAAAAGGAUAGUGACUCCGAUUUUACUGCUGAAGACUUUGCUCUCUUAACCAAACAUUACAAAAAGUUUUUAAGAUCUGGUAAUUCGUUUCAAAAUUCCAAGAAUUUCUCUGGGUCUAGUUCUAGGAGAAAUAUGAGCGGUGACUAUUCUUCUGAAAAAGACACUAAAGCUAGGUUUACCUAUAAGAAACCUUCUGUUGAUAAACCUAAGUGUUUUGAGUGUCAGGGUUUCGGACAUCUUGCGGCAGAUUGUGGAAAUAAGAGAUUCAAGGCUCGUUCAAAUAAGGCUAUGAACACAACCUGGAGUGACUCUGAGUCUGACACUCAAUCUGAGUGUGGUGAAGACAACGUUGCCUUAACUGCUGCUCUUCAUCCUUCAUCCUCAUGUGAGUAUGAAGAAAAGGAUCUUGAUGAUGAAGAAACAAAUGAUCAAGCCAUGGCUGACAAAUACCAAGAAAUGUGUAGAGCCUCGACCAAAAUGUUGAAGCUAAAUCAAUCCUUGAGUGAAAAACUUUGUCUGGUAGAACAAGAAAAGGAGGGGAUUGCUAAGCACAUGCAAUCCUGCACAAAAAACUGGGAGAUCGAGAAGUCAGUGUAUGUUGGGCGUAUAAAGAGCUUACAAGAUAAUUUGGAUACUCAAAUUAGUCUUGUUAACUCCUUGUCUUCUAAAAAACUGAGCCUAGAACUUUCUUUGAAAGAAUCUCAAGAAAUUUUUUUAAAGUUUUCAAUAAGUUCUGACAAAGUUUCAAAAAUGAUAGGCAUUGGAAAAGUUGGAGGGGACAAGAAGGGAAUAGGAUUCUCUGACAGCACUUCUUUCAAGGACUCAAAACCUAUCAGGUUUGUGAAAGAAAAAAUGACUCCUAAGAAUGAAUUUCCUCCUCCUUUUAAAAGGUUUGUUCCCGUAUGUCACUACUGUGGUAUACUUGGUCACAUUAGACCCAGGUGUAAUCGUCUCAAGAAACACUUUCAAGUAUCCAGUGUGUCUAAAAGGUCAGUUCAAAACAUGUCCUUGCAUGACAAAUUGAAAGAACAUUUGAAAGAAGUUAACAGGAUUACAAAGCUGGUUUCAAUCCCAAAGUCUUCAACUCCAAAAUCAAAACAAGUCUGGGUAGAAAAAGGUUCACACUCUUGUCAUGUUGCUUCUGUAAAUAUUCCUUCCUCUGAUUUAUCUGUGUUUGAUAAUACUUGUUUGCAUCAAAAUGAUUCAGAUUUUAUUGAAGCAACGUGUCUUGUUGCCUUAACUGUUUUAGCAGCAAGAAGGGUUGAUACUUGGUACAUUGAUAGUGGUUGUUCUAGACAUAUGACAGGUGACAAAAGCUGGUUCACUUCUUUCUCAGAUGAGUUCACAUGUGGAUCUGUUACUUUUGGAGAUGGAAGGAAAGCAAAGGUAAUCAGUAAAGGGAGUGUUUGCACACCAGGUAUUCCCAACUUACAGAAUGUUUUAUAUGUGGAAGGGUUGCAUUCAAAUCUGAUCAGUGUGAGUCAAAUGUGUGAUGAUUAUGAAGGUGUUUAUUUCAACAAAGAUAACUGUGUUGUACUUGAUAAUGUUGGCAAAAGUAUCAUGGGAGGAAAGCGGUCCAAAGAUAAUUGUUUCUGCAUACAUGCAAAUGAAACUAACAUGUCUCAGGUGUGCAUGAAGAUCAAAACCACAAAUGAUAUUUUGGAACUUUGGCACCAACGGUUGGGGCACAUCAACUUUCAAGAUCUUGUGAAGUUGUCCAGCAAGGAAGGUGUACGUGGCUUACCAAAAUUAAGUGGACAAACAGAUAUUGUCUGUGAAGGUUGCAAGCUUGGUAAACAAAUAAGGAGUUCAGACCGUGUAAUCAAUGAAAUCACAACCUCCCAACCUUUGGAUCUAAUGCACAUGGACUUAGUCGGACCUAUUCAGACAGAAAGUAUAGGAGGAAGAACAGGGUUUUGA